UACCAUAGUAAUGUAACAAAAGCGCAUGGAAAAUCGCGGCGGCUAGUUUGACUGCAGUACCGCGGCAGAGAUAGGGAGAGCGCUGGACUACAGGCGAAAAUGUGCGAUUUAAACGAGCCAAGUGCUGCUUUGACAGCUGUUUGUUGAUCUCUUGACAGAUGAGCCAUACGUUGAGCCAUGCCGGGGAAAUUAAAAGCCAAAAUAGUGGCAGGACGCCACUUGCCUGUCAUGGACAGAGCGAGUGAUCUUACUGAUGCUUUCGUCGAGGUGAAGUUUGGCAACACAACAUUUAAAACGGAUGUGUGUCCGAAAUCUCUCAACCCACAGUGGAACUCGGAGUGGUUUAAGUUUGAGGUGGAUGAUGAGGACCUGCAGGACGAGCCUUUGCAGAUCACGGUCUUGGACCACGACACUUACAGUGCAAACGAUGCCAUCGGGAAGGUUUACAUUGACAUUGACCCGCUUCUGUGCACAGAAGCUGCUUCAGUCAUCUCAGGAUGGUUUCCCAUCUAUGACACCAUACAUGGUAUUCGUGGAGAGAUAAACGUUCUUGUCAAAGUAGAGCUCUUCAAUGAUUUGAACCGCUUCAGACAGUCUUCCUGCGGGGUCAAGUUUUUUUGCACCACUUCCAUUCCGAGGUAUUAUCGUGCCGCAAUGGUGCAUGGGUUUGUGGAGGAGCUUGUGGUUAAUGAAGACCCAGAAUACCAAUGGAUUGACCGAAUUCGAACCCCACGAGCUUCAAACGAAGCCCGACAGAGACUUAUUUCACUCAUGUCAGGAGAGCUCCAGAGGAAGAUUGGUCUGAAGGUAUUGGAGAUGGGUGGGAAUGCAGUGGUGGGCUACCUGCAGUGUUUCGACCUGGAAGGAGAGUCGGGACUGGUGGUUAGGGCCAUAGGUACCGCUUGCACGCUGGACAAGCUGAGCUCUGGCAGCAACGGCAUUCACACACACCCAAACACAGCUCCUGCUUCCAACGCUUGUAAUUCACCCUCGAAAGACGGAAAGGAGCCGGUUUUUGGUGAGGACCUGCCCUCGUCCUCCGGCCCAACUACCCCUUUCAGAGCCCUCCCUACCUCCUCUUCCUCUCCUCCCCCCUUUUCACCCUCAAAGCCAUGCAGCCGCCAGUCCUCAUCAUCAGACACAGACCUCAGUUUGACGCCUAAGACGGGCAUGGGCAGCGGUGGAAGUGCAGGCAAAGAGGCAGGACCUCUGAAGACGCUGCUGAGACAGCACACGCAGACUGCAUUAGAACAGAGGGGAGCGUCCUCCUCUGGGUUAUUAUUUAAUGCCAGGGAGUUUCCUUUCUUUACUCUGACAUCGUUUCCUCCGGGUUUUCUGGUUCACGUCGGUGGAGUGGUCAGUGCUCGCUCUGUCAAACUACUCGACCAAAUCCACAACCCAGCCUUGGGUAACACGCGCUCAUACAAACUGCUAGACUGGAAUAGUGUCACUGCAGAUGAACCAGAGACCCGCGAUGCCUGGUGGGAGGAGAUCCGCCAGGAAAUCAAAUCUCAUGCCAAAGCUCUAGGUUGCCAUGCUGUUGUUGGUUACAGUGAGAGCACAAGUAUCUGUGAGGAGGUGUGUAUCUUGUCCGCGUCAGGGACAGCAGCUAUCCUCAAUCCACGCUACAUGCGCGAAGGUUGUCUGGACAUCGGAAGUAAUGAUAACAGGUUCGAUGAGCCAUUCCCUGCAAGCUGUGGCUUCUGUCACAUACCAUACGAUGAGUUCAACAUGCCUUUUCCUGCUCAGCUGACCUACUGUUUCCACUGUAGACGACAAAAGGUCCCUGAUGUAUUAUUUACAACGAUAGACCUGCCACCUGAAGCAGCAGUCACUGGGAAAGGUUGUCUGAUCCAAGCCAGGCUGUGUCGUCUAAAGAAGAAAGCCCAAGGCGAAGCGAACGCCACUGCUAUCUCCAACCUGCUUCCUUUUAUGGAGUACGAGCUGCACACUCAGCUGAUGAACAAGCUGAAGCUGCGGAGCAUGAACGCUCUGUUUGGUCUACAUAUACAAAUCAGUGUGGGCGAGAACAUGCUGCUGGGUCUGGCUUCUGCUACAGGCGUGUAUCUGUCGGCGCUUCCUGCUCCAGGCGGCAUCCAGAUCGCUGGGAAGACUCCUGGUGACCUCAGCAAUGAGCAACACGUCCUGACCAUCCAGAAGAGAAUCAACGAUACAAUAGCAAAAAACAAAGAGAUUUAUCAAGUGAACCCACCGAAAUUAUUUACGCUGGAUCCUGACGUGCUCUGGGACAUAAACAUGGAGCUUGCAGAAGAAAUAGUGGGAUCUCCCAUCCCCGAGCCCCGACAGCGAUCAAGACUUUUCCGCUCCCACUCGGAAAGCUCAGACGAAGUGUCAGAACUGGACCUCUCCCACGGCAAGAAGGAUGCCUUCGUAUUAGAGAUUGAUGACACUGAUGCAGUGGAGGACAUCCACUCACUCCUCACAGACACUCCGCCACCUUCAGGUUUCUACACUUGCAACACUGAGAUCAUGCCUGGGAUUUCCAACUGGACUUCAGCGAUACAGAUGUUUACAUCAGUGAGGGUAUUUCGAUUGAGCAACAUCAAUCUGACAAAUCAGGGCUUGAACAAGAUCUUCACAGACCUCUGUGAGAACCUGCUGAAGAGUUUUUACUUCAAGCUGCGCUCUAUGAUCCCCUGCUGUCUUUGUCAUCUCAACUUCACUGUGGCGGUUCCCGAGGAAGAGCUUAUUCAGGUUGCAGUGACAGCUGUCGCCAUGACAUUCGACAAAGAGCAAACCCAGGAGAAGCCACAAGACAAACCUGUGCCCAAAGGGGCCAAUGAGGCUGAGGAGCAGCUGCAAUUUCCUCUGGAGCUUUGCGCGGACAUGUCGACUGCUCAGCCUCACUCAGUAUCCAAAAUUUCAGGUGUCUCAGAAAGUACCAAUGUCUCUCCAAGAGCUGCCUCCGUUGAUUACGGUUCCUUUGCAGACAGAUGCAGCACCUGGCUAGAGCUGCUUAGGCUGAAAGCUCACACCAUAAGACGAGGAUCAGUUAAGACAAUCUCAUCCUUGGAGCGCUCCAGUCCACUCCCGGAAGGACGCUCACGCUCGCUGCGUUCCACGCGCUCGUUCGGGGGGACGUCAGUGACCGUGGUGAAGAUGACGCCGCUCUCCUUCCUCCCUGGGACGCGCAUCAUCAAGUACCUCGGCAUCAUCAACAUGUUCUUCAUCAGAGAGACGACGUCACUCAGAGAGGAGGGUGGCGUCAGUGGCUUCCUCCAUUCUUUCAUCGCCGAGGUGUUUGCGAUGGUCCGAGCUCAUGUCGCAGCUCUGGGUGGAAACGCUGUCGUGUCUUACAGCAUGAAGGAGUGUGUCCUUAUGGAAAAUCCAAAUAAGAAUCAGGCUCAGUGUCUCAUCAACGUCAGCGGUGACGCCGUGAUCUGCGUCCGAGAAACGGACCAGGAGCCCGUCCCGGCCACGUCAAACGCAGGACAAGCUAGCACCAACGAGGCUGCUACGUGACGGCGAAGCCCGCUGAGGACACACUAUCAAAGUCUAGCCAUCCAAAUGUUUUAACUCCUGCCUUAUGAUGAAAAGAUUUUGGGUGUAAAUUCAGACACUUAACAGAUUGUGUUACUGACACCAGUUCAAUUGACAGCCAAAGACUUGCCGAUCUUUUGCCGUCCCUACAGAGCUACAGAUACAGUCUGUACUAGUGCACGCUAACUGCACGUCGGGCAGCUAUUUCUCUGUCCAAAUGUUGCUCAUCGAUGAGUUGGCCAACUCAGCUUCGAUCCAUCCAAAUUUCAUCCGCUCUUGUUAUGUUGGAAUCCAGUUGGUUAUCUUAUUAAAGAUGUACAAUUAGAUCCUGUUAAGCCUCAUAAUGUUCCGUUACGUUUUUUAUCCUCAUGAUGUUUACUGUUGCAGACUGACAUCUUAAAAGCUCAAAUUCACCAGGUUCACCAGAAGCCUGCCAAACAUGUUACUCUUUGGUGUAGAGGAAAUCUUCAGUCAUCACGCCGACGAUAUUUAUUCAAAGAAUGGUAUGGUUUUUUAACAAUUUUAACAAUCUUCAUUUAAAUAGUCGAUCAGCUACGAUCUGGAGUGUUGGGGCAGAUUUCAUCCUGUGUGUACCCAUGAUCUCAGUGUCUCCAGUCAUCCGUGUCAAACAUCUCCUCUUUAAGCUUUUCAACGCACAGCUGAUAAAUGAUCCUUUCUGCUACUGAUCGAUGAAUAUAUGAAAUGCUGUACAUUUUAUGGAAUGAUUUUCUAGUUAAUCUGUAAUCUACGCCGCUUGUGCAAUAAUCAGAGAAUAUUUUUACUUGCUGCAUCUGAGAAAUAGUGGUACAAUGAGAGGGUUGUCUAUUUUUCUUGUCAAUUUUGUGUCUAAAACUUGAAUGUACAUAACUAGAUGUGUUAGCUGCAGCAUGCAGACGAAACACUUGUCAUGUCCAACUUGUCGUGCACAAUAAAGUCAAAAGAUUCUGUUUUAUCUUGACGUGUUUUUCUGUUUCACUUACCAAUACUUGGGUGCGGGAGUGGGAGUGAGACCUAGUUUGUAAAAGUUUUGGGCCAAGUCUGUGGUGGAAAGGUGGCCGUUACUGCCUUCUGGCUCAGCUCAGUUUGAAGUACAAUGCUCAGGUAGAGGGAGCUCCUGAAAUGUAGCCCUUUGUGUGGGCUGAUAUUCAAAGGUUCUUAUUAUUCUUCAAAGUUAUUCUUCAAAUUUCAGACGUGUUCAGCUGAUUUACAUUGUCAUUCGAAACUCAAUUACACUGUGAAUGUAUUAAGAGUACAAUAUAAAAUUAUGUGCUUUUGACCACAGUUCUAUGUUAUGGAUCUGAAAUGAAAGAGCGG